AUGGCUUCUUCAACUUGUUGUGAUCAAGAGAUGUUUUUGAGAAUGCAAAAGGCAAUGGUUGCACCAUUCUUGACAAAAACAUAUCAACUAGUGGAUGAUCCAAGUAGUGAUCUCAUUGUUUCAUGGGGUGAAUAUGAAACCACUUUUGUUGUAUGGAAACCUCCUGAGUUUGCUAAGGAUCUUCUUCCCAACUACUUUAAACACAACAAUUUCUCCAGCUUUGUUAGGCAACUCAAUACUUAUGGAUUUAAGAAGAUAGUUCCAGAGAGAUGGGAAUUUGCAAAUGAACAUUUCAAGAAAGGACAAAAACACUUACUUUGUGAGAUCCAAAGAAGAAAGAGUACACCUCAACAAUUACAUCAUUUGACACCCUACCAUGAACACAUCACAAGAAGUAUCUAUCACCAAGAAACACAAAACCCUAGAAGUGUUGAUCAUGAUAUCCUUUUAGCACUCACACAAGACAAUGAAAGGCUAAGGAAAAGGAACAUUGUACUAUUAUCUGAACUCACACAUAUGAAGAAUCUCUACAAUGACAUUAUCUACUUCAUUCAAAAUCAUAUCAAACCGGUUGAGGAAAAAUUCCGUGUGUUUUUACUUAAUGAAGAUCUGAAUCAGAAAACCGUUGAUCAUCAUCGACAUCGCCAAGUACAUAUUGAAGAUCAUGAAGAGCCAAAGAGUGAUAAGGUAAAGUUGUUUGGAGUGAGUUUAUGUGGGAAGAAGAGAUCGCAUCAUGAAAGGAUUGAUCAAGAAGUAUUAGAAUGUUGA